AACCACAUCCCUUCUUUCAAAAUUCUAACCUAAAUUUUUUGAGUACUAACCUAAAGUUUUAGUAAAAUGUAAAACUAAAUUAUUAAAAACUUUUAUAAAGUAUCAUAAAAAUGUGUAAACGUUUGCAAAGUGAAGAAAUAGAAGAAGUAGUUUCAAUAGUUUCCAGACCGUCUGACGAAGAAAUUGCUUUACCAUGUCCAGUAAACUAUGAAGAUAAAAUAAACAUAAAACUUACCCCUUUCAGCAAAAAGGAGUCAAAUUUAAUUACAACACUCCCUCCUGCAACCAAGAUUUACACCCUGUUUACCGAAGAUACGACUUACAAUGCAGAUUCAGUUGAAUGGUGUCCCCAUGCACCCUACCAGCAUUUAUUUGUCUGUGCUAAUUAUUAUUUAUACAAAGGCGAAAAUAGUAAAGAAUCACAUGAAAGACUUGGAAGGAUAAUCUUAUACUCUAUGAGCCCUGAGAAAGGGUUGAGCAUUCUACAAAAAAUUGAUACAGCUGGUAUUCUUGAUCAAAAGUGGUGUCACAUAAAGAUUAGAGAUACUAUACUACUUGGGGUUACCACUGCUGGUGGAGCUUUAAAUAUUUAUAGGCUACAAGAAGAAGACUUACAGUUAGAAUUAGUCUUUUCUCAUGAAAUUUCUCCUGAGAAGGGGCAAGAUUGUCUGCUUUUGUCAUUAGACUGGUCAACUGGGAAAAUAAACUCAAAUGAACCUUAUAUUAUUUGUAGUGAUUCAUUAGGACAAGUACACAGGUUCAAAUUACUUAAAAACCAACUGACAUUAGCAAGAACUUGGAAAGCACAUGAGUUUGAAGCAUGGAUAGCUGCAUUUUAUUACUGGGAAUGUAAUGUGUUUUUCACAGGCGGAGAUGAUUCUGUGCUGCUUAUGUUUGAUGAACGAAUGGGGAUGACGCCAGUGGCGAAAAAUAAGCGACAUGGGGCAGGUGUGACUUGUAUCCAUUCUAAUUCAGAAAAAGAAUAUACAAUUGCAACAGGAAGUUACGAUUCCUAUCUGCGAUUAUGGGACAUUCGAAAUAUGAAAUGCCCCAAAGGGGAGGUAGAGAUGCCGGGGACCCUAUGGCGUGUGAAAUGGGACCCUUUUACGAAAGACCUGUUGCUCGUAGCCUGUAUGGUGGGGGGCGUACACGUAGUUAACACGAUAGACGACGAUUUUAAAAUAGUCGAAAGCUAUUAUGAACAUAAAAGUAUUGCUUAUGGAGCUGACUGGUGUUAUUUACCAGAAGAAGAGGUCAAGCAAUAUCCAUAUGCAGGGAACAGAAUUAUUGCCUCCUGCUCAUUCUACGACAAUUUGCUGUGUGUGUCGAGAGCUUGUUUGUGUCCAUAUUGUUUCUGUUACGCGAAUUGUAUGCAUGCAAAAUAAUAUGUAACACAUACAUACUAAACAACAAAAGGGAACAUUUCAACAUAAUAAAAUUAAACUAUCAACGUGCUGUGAUGCUGUAACUAGAUAAUAAAAUAAAUAUUGCAAAGACCAUAGGACGUUUAUAUAAAAACUAUAAAAUUUUCUACUUUUGUUUGU